AUGACAGAGAAUGCAAUUGAGAUGACCGAGUUAUCAACAUUGCCAUCAGAUGUAAACAAUGUUAAUGAUGGUGCUGCGGCACAACAAGCACAACAACAAAGUAAUGAUAAUGGUACACUGCGGCGAUCUCAAGAAGGAGAGCAACAAACACAAACAGAGGAGCAAGAGGAUAGUGGAGAUGUUGAACUGGGUGCGACUGCACCAAGUGCGUCAAAGAAGGUACAUACAUCGUGGAGAAAGACUGCAAAGACAUGGACAUUGAACUACUUUGCAAAGUUCAAGGGCACCGAUGCCAAGUCACCAAAGAUGGUUACCUACGAUGAGAUGAUAUUCAGUUGGCUGGGCUCUGCGAUUGGCAUUGGCGUGUUGGCAGCGAUGCACUACUAUGUGUUGGACCGACAUCAACUACUCUUCCUCAUUGCAAGUUUUGCUGCUUCAGCCGUGCUCAUAUAUGGUGCUCCAUCUGCACCAUUGUCUCAGCCACGCAAUCUAGUGGGCGGUCACAUAAUCUCGGCUAUAGUGGGCGUGACAGCACGUGUAGCUUUGGUCGACACCAAAGAGCAAUACGUCGUGGCAAGCUUACUCUCUGUGUCAAUAUCCAUUGUACUUAUGCAGAUGACCAAGACAUUGCAUCCGCCUGGUGGCGCGUCAGCGUUGAUCGCCGUGAUGAGCCCAGCAAAGCAGCGAUGGGCAGGCUACCUCUACGUCCUAAUGCCCAUUGGCACUGGCAGUCUAAUCAUGCUCCUGGUGGCACUACUCGUCAACAACAUGUCUCCAAAGAGAAGGUAUCCUCUCUGGUGGUGGUAG